GAGUCUCAGCUGGUGACACUUCAAGUUGCAUUAAAAAGGCAGUGUCUGUGUGUGCCCUGUGCUGACUCAGCUCAGCUGCAGGUAAAGGCGGGUGCAGGUGAUGGACUUCCCGGAGAAGAGGGAAAUCAGGAUGUCAUUGCCCUGUGGCUGAGGUGCAGAAGCUGACAAGAGGUUCCCUUACUCACAGGGGCAGAAAUCAGUCUCUGACAGGGUAGUUUGAACCAAAAGACAGAUUCUCUCUCACCAGGUGAGCAGAGCUCUGUGGGUUAUAGAGAGUAGAUGGAUUUUCCCUGCCUUUGGAACAGGAGCUCACAGAUAAUUCGUUGGGCUCUCUGGGGAGCAGCUGCCUUCUGACCACAGCCAUACCCAGCCAUGCUCAGCAGUUAAGGUCUGAUGAUUUUUUUGCCCCUUCUCUUUCUGCAUAUCCCAAGCUCAGCCUCUGCCUCCCUCUUGCUUCCCUGGGUGCUCAUGGCCUUGGCAAGGGUGUUUCACCCUUGCCUUCCUUGAGAGUGUACUCUGAGGCUUAUUGCUUUAGGAACAGCUGUUUUGGGAAGAUUGUGUGCUAAUUCUGCUGCUAGAUCCUUCAGCAAAACCAAGAAUGACAAAGCUUGAUGUUCACAACUGCACUUGGGAGAACCCAAUUCCUCUACGCUUCAUUUUUUUCUUUCUUUUUACCUCCUAAAGGGGAAGGGGGCAGCAAGUUUUCUUCUCAUUACAUCAGAAGAAAAAAAAAGAAGGCAGCACCCCCAUUUCCUUCCCACUGCAUGUAACUCGCAGCACUCCAGCAGAGGCGUGCACCCGCAGCUGGGACAGCCAUGGAGAAGAGUGGGAACAUUCAGCUGGAGAUCCCCAACUUCAGUAACUCGGUCCUGAGCCACCUGAACCAGCUGCGCAUGCAGGGUCGGCUGUGCGACAUCGUGGUCAACGUGCAGGGCCAGGCUUUCCGUGCGCACAAGGUGGUGCUGGCUGCCAGCUCCCCCUACUUCCGUGACCACAUGUCCCUGAACGAGAUGAGCACCGUCUCCAUCUCCGUCAUCAAGAACCCGUCUGUUUUCGAGCAGCUCCUCUCCUUCUGCUACACCGGCAGGAUAUGUCUGCAGCUGGCUGACAUCAUCAGUUACCUGACGGCUGCCAGUUUCUUGCAGAUGCAGCACAUCAUAGACAAAUGCACGCAGAUACUCGAGGGGAUCCAUUUCAAAAUUAACGUGGCGGAGGUGGAGGCGGAGUUGAGCCAGACCAGGACGAAGCACCAGGAGAGACCGCCCGAGUCUCACCGGGCAACGCCAAACCUGAACCGUUCCCUGAGCCCACGUCACAACACAGCCAAGGGCAGCCGCCUGGGCCAGGUCAGCACAGUGCUGGACAUCCGGGAGCUGAGCCCGCCCGAGGAGUCCACCAGCCCCCAGAUCAUCGAGCAGAGCUCCGACGUGGAAGGCAGGGAGCCCAUCCUGCGGAUUAACAGGGCAGGACAGUGGUACGUGGAGACGGGCAUGGCAGAGCGCGGGGCGCAGAACGACGAGGAGGUGCGGGUGCUGGGAGGAGUGCGCAUUAAGACGGAGAACCUGGAGGAGUGGCUGGGGGCAGAGCAGCAGCCCUCGGGAGAAGAUGGCAGCAGCGCUGAGGAGGUGACGGCCAUGGUGAUCGACACCACGGGCCACGGGUCGCUGGGCCAGGAGGCUUUUGCCUUAGGCUCCUCUGGAGCCAAAGCCGUCAGGCCGACCAGCAGCGAGAUCGACAGAUUCAGCCCUUCUGGCAGCAUGGUUGCUGUGACUGAGCGGUACAGAUCAAAAAGCGAGUCUCCCGGGCGGAUGGAUGAGCCUAAGCAGCCCAGUUCCCAGGGGGAGGAAUCAGCCAUGCUUGGAGUGAGCGGUUACGUGGAGUAUCUGCGGGAGCAGGAGGUUUCGGAGCGCUGGUUCCGGUACAACCCACGGCUCACGUGCAUUUACUGCGCCAAAUCCUUCAACCAGAAGGGCAGCCUGGACCGGCACAUGCGGCUCCACAUGGGCAUCACGCCUUUCGUGUGCCGCAUGUGCGGCAAGAAGUACACGCGCAAGGAUCAGCUGGAGUACCACAUCCGCAAGCACACCGGCAACAAGCCCUUCCACUGCCACGUCUGCGGCAAGAGCUUCCCUUUCCAGGCCAUCCUCAACCAGCACUUUCGCAAGAACCACCCCGGCUGCCUGCCCCUGGAAGGGCCCCACAGCAUCUCCCCUGAGACCACUGUCACAUCCCGGGGGCAGGCAGAGGAGGAGUCCCCUCCGCAGGAAGAGGCCGUGGCCGUGGGGGAGACGGCACAGGGAUCUGUGUCCACAACGGGGCCGGAUUGAAACAGGCUGCGGAGUCCCAGGAGAAAGGACCGUCUUCCCGUUCCUGGCUCUGAAGAGUCAGCACCCACCCGGCAGGCUGGUACUGUAAUUAGUGCAAUGCCACCACUGAACAGAAAGAAGCUCCCAAGAUGUUGCCAAAAUAGAAAAAAUUUCUCUCCUUCUCUCUCUUCCUCUCACACACCCACACACACACACCCAAUAGAGUGUUAAAUGUUUUUCUCCUUUAUUCUUCCUCCUCUUGGAGAAAAACAGAGCAACUGUGUCAAUCAACUUCUUAUUCAGGGAUCGACAGGAUUUUAAAUUUUUUUACUGUUCUGUAGUGAUCUGGGACAAGCAGUCAUUUGUAUUUCUGGACAGCGCUGUGGCGCAGCAGGUGCCCGCCGGCAGUGCCGGAUCCAGCCACAGAGCCAUAUCCACUGCUCCCGCUCGAGGGGACAGCAGGGGCAAGGGGCUGUUGCCUUUCUCCCUUCCCCAGGUAGUUGCCACAGCAAAGAAAGCAAAAAUACUGUCCUGGUGGAGCCUGCCUUGCCCGAGUGUAUUUAUCCCUGUCUUAUUUUUGGUGUGUUUCUUUACUUUUUUAUUUAAACUGUUAUUUUAGGGCUUUGGGCUUGCCCAUUCCAGGCACGCAGCCCUGGUGCCCCUUGUUAAAGUGGGCGCAGCUACAAAGUGGUAUUCCAGAGGUCAGCAAAGUGUGAAGGAAGUACUUCAGCGACUGAGAGUGGAAUUUAGCAGCUGUGAGGUUUGCAUGAGACUCUGAUGCAUUGGGAGAAGGGCUGGAGGGGUCUUCCAGAGGAGGUUGUCCUCUGCUGGUGCUGAUCUGGGGAGCUCAGAGCACUCUGAGGUCCUGGCUGGAGAGCUGCCAUGCUUCAGGCGUUGCCAAGGAUUAGGAAGAGAUUUUCUGGAGUUGCUGAAUCGUGGAGUUAGAGGCUGACUACCAAAGUCCUCUUUCACCCCUGCUCCCCCCUCGACACACACUUGAUCUUUUAGAACAGCAAUAUGGGAUAUGGGAAUACUGCAGUGCUGUUGUCACAGCCGAGCAAUCGCAGGUGGUUGCUUUUAAACCUGUUUCUACAAACUAGUUUGAUAACUUUUUUAUCAAUGAAAUGCAAAAAGAAAAGAGAACCCUUCUCUAUUUCCUUAUAACAGUUCAGGAGACUUAAAAGUGAAUGGUUCCUAGAGCAAUCACAACUCUGUCCCCUUGCAUGGACUGAACAUUUUUGUAUUCUGAGUAGCUCUGAUGUUUAGAGCAAGUUUAGCAAACCUGGAGAGACAUGCCUGCGUGUGUAUUGUAGGUGUUUGCACGGGCUUAUGUGGUUCAUAACCAGAAAAGCAUGGGACAGGCAGAAAAGUGCAAAUAUCCUGACAUCUUUCUUUAAACAAAUAUGCAAUAUUUUAAGAGUUUUCUCUAGUUCUGAUGCCAAGUUGUUCAUGAUGAAGGGGGGGAAUGAGCGACAGGUUGUGCUUAUCAGGUUUGGUGAAGGAGUUCUCUUGAGGAUGUAUAAUGUGUAUAUGAUAAGGAAGGGUGAAGUUCUGAACCUUAAGGUGAUGGGAGGAACAAGGAGACAUUGGAAAAGAAAUACACUUCAUCUUGCUUCAGCAAAAAAGCUGGAUGAGUGGUUAGAGUAGGGGCUUAUCUGGCAGGAGACUGACCAAGUGACAAUAAGGCUUGAGCUGCUGUCUGACUGCAGUUUUGGGCACAUGGACACAUCUCCAGCCCUUGCUUUCCCUGUCUGCAAAUUGGUACUCAGGAUCAUUUUCCUGCCCCUUUGGAGGGAAUAAUUUGGAGAAGGGUGAUGUAUUCUUGCCUUGUUUUAUAGAUUUUUUUAUAUGUGAGGGGUCUCGCUGUUCCUCCCAUCUCUCUCUCAAAAAGUGAUGUGGCUCUAAUGUGUUUUUGUGUGUGGAAAGGGCUCGGUGCCAGUAUCACGUGUAACAGGGAUGUGAUCCUACAAGAGGAACCUUUGCAGGUGUUCUGAGCUGGGCACCUGCAAAGUACCAUUUCAUUGACCAUUUCAAACAGGAAAACUGAUAUUUCACCUCUGUUUUCCUUCUGUGCCUUCUUCCUCCUCUCCUGUCAAGGGCAUCCAUCACACAGGGAGUGAUUUGGCCACUCAGACAACCAGCUCCGUCAGGUUUCCUGGCUAAGGUCAAACAUCUCAGUACCAAAACAGUGAGGUUGCCAGAGAGCAGUGGCAGAGGAUGAGGUGAGAGGAUGGCCAAGAGGUUGCCACUGUAUAAAUGAUCAUUUCUGAUUGCAUGCAAAAGAGCCAAUAUUCUUGCCCAGGCCUCGCUGAGGUGAAGUUUAUAGCUUGUAGCUAGAGUCAAUAUAAGGGAGGAGAAAGACAGCUGAAAUAAGAAGAGAGCUUAUCUGUUUUCAGCCCUGGCUGGUGCUGGUGGCACUGGAGCCACACAGGAGGAUGUGCAGAAAGGUGGAACAGCAGCAAAGCAUCAUUGGGAAGAGGCAAUGUAUGUGUCUGGCCUGCCAUGGAUGCUGUGGGCAGGGAAAUGCUGGGUUUAGAACCUGCAUGGGGGCAGGAGCAUGCAGGAAAUGCUCUGCCUUGUGAGACAGGUGUCCAAAGAUGCCUAUCCUGGCACAUGACAGCUGAGCAGCACCAGGGUUUUUCUUGCUGGAGCUGUGAAUAGUGAAGAUGGAAAAGGGGUCAGUUCCAAAUCUGUGGGGGCAGAUUUGCUGUGAGCAUUUCAAAAACUCCAUUGGAAGGAACUGAAGGAUGAGAAGUGAAGGGUGGAAAGGGCAGUACCAGACUUCAAAGUGCCAUUUUCUGAGUUUUCUAGCAAGUGUUGAAGACUGGAGUUUGUUUUUGUUUCAGUGCUUUCUCCUUUACCUAUAUAAUUUUUCCUAUUUAAACUCCACAGCUCAGGGGAGGGUGCAGAGAAGAUGGAGGAAGACCCUUCCUGGAGGCACACGGUGGCAGGAGGAGCAGCAGUAGGCAGCAGUUCAUUCAAGGGAAAAUCAGGCACCGGCCUGGGCAGAAAGCUGAUACAAACAGCUUCCAGGGCUGUGUUGUCAUAGGGUAAGUGCUGCUGAGGAGUAGGGGGAAGGGAGGGAGAAGCGUUGUUCAUAAGGCAUGGUUCUUUUGUGUUGGUGGCUAACAUGGCUGACGUUUAGGACAGGCAAGAGCAAUCCUGGGUGGCAAAACAGACUUUUCUGAAUAAGGUCUUUUAGAAGCUGAAUGGGGAAGAGAAUAACAUGCAGCUGUGUGUUCUUGCAGUAACAUAUUCCUCACCUCGUGCCCCACACUUGCAGGGAGAAUUAGCGAAGGAUGAGAAGACUGGAUCAGAUGUUAAUUCGUGGAAAUGGAAGCAAGAAAUGCAAGUCUGCUCUGUAAAGUGACUCUAAUGAAAAUGGCAUCUGGCAGGAGCAACAGGAGUCCCUCGGGGUCCACAGUCCUUCUUGGCCUCCAGUUCCUUGCUGUGACCCUUUGCAGGUUGGCCAUGGGGCUGUGACAGUUCAGGGGGACUUUGUCACCUCCUGUGUGCUGUGUGACAGUGAACUGUCCCCUGGGCCAGAGCUAUGAGACCACAUUCCUGCACUGGGAAAUCAGUUAAUGGUGGGGAAGGUAAAAGGAGAAUCCAUCUCCCUCCUGCUUCCAAGGCAGCAGGCAGCAGUUAAAAAAAAAAA